AUGUUGGAAAAUUUCUUAGAUAAAGAAACGAAAGAUGCCCACUUAAUGAUCGGCUCCUUACUUUUAUUUUAUGCCGCUGGAUGGCUAUUUUACACAAAGCAGUUAUUUAAAAAUUACGAGGUCCAUGAUCGAGUUGUUCAAUUUAUGUUUUCUCUGACAUUCGCUCUAUCUUGUAGUCUGUUUGAAUUAAUUAUUUUAGAAAUCGCCGAUGUUAUGGAACCAUUAUCUCGAACCAGAUGCUGGACAUUUUGCUUAUCUAUGAUUCUCUUCACUUUAGUAGUUUUUAUUCCGAUAUACAUGGCUUAUUUGGCGAUACAAGGUAUUCCAUUCGUCCGCUCAAAUCUUCGGGUCCCACUAUGUCUCGGUGCAUGGCUCAUUUUCAUUUUCUUUUUCUGGAAAAUUGGCGAUCCAUUCCCAAUUUUAAGUCAAAAACAUGGAAUUUUCACAAUCGAGCAAGUCAUAUCUCGAGUUGGUGUCAUUGGUGUAACAAUUAUGGCAGUUCUAUCCGGCUUUGGAGCUGUUAAUGCUCCGUAUUGUUAUAUGACAUUCUUCACAAGACCGGUUGAAGAAUAUCAUGUAAUGCAAUUGGAGAAGAAACUAAUGCAUACAAUGGAAAUGAUUGUUUUGAAAAAACGAAAAAUCGCGAGAUAUCAACUCGAAUUGAGCAGAAUGAACGCUGAAAAACAGAAAAAGGAGACUUCGUUUCUAGAACGCCUUUGGGGCAACAUAUCGGACGGAUCUGUUGGGCCAACACUUGGCACGCAAAUCGAAAAAAUCAAAGACGAGGUCGUUCCAUUGGAGACAUUGAGCAGAUAUCUCUUCCUGGAUCUUGUCGAAAUGCGACAAAUGCUAAGCAGAGUCGAAUUCAGUAAAACUUAUAUGGGCAUGUAUUUCAACGUUCUGGGCCAUUUCUUCUCGAUUUAUUGCAUUUGGAAGAUUUUCAUCUCGUUCAUUAAUAUUGUAUUCGAUCGAGUUGGAAAAGUGGAUCCCGUCACGAAAACAAUUGAGAUUGGUGUUCAUUAUGUCGGAAUUCAGCUGGAUAUCACGUUUUGGUCGCAAUACAUCUCAUUCUUCUUGGUUGGAGUUAUUGCAGUAACUUCAGUGAGAGGACUACUGAUUACAAUGACAAAAUUGUUCGUAUUCUUCAGCAACACGACAACAUCAAAUAUAAUUGUCCUCGGAAUGGCCCAGAUAAUGGGAAUGUACUUUGUUUCGAGUGUACUUUUAAUGAGAAUGAAUGUCCCUCUUCAAUAUCGGACAAUAAUUACGAGGAUUCUCGGUGAUUUGAAGUUCAAUUUCUAUCAUCGCUGGUUCGAUGUCAUUUUCUUAUUAUCAGCAGUUUCGUCAAUUAUCUUCUUGAGUUUAUUGCACAAAUCUGGCCCAAAGCAUAUUUAG